GGGGGCUGCCCUUGGCCAGUGGGCCCUACCCCCUUCUGCUGGAGGGACAGACCCUGCUGCCCAUCUGCUCCCUACCGCCUCCCUCCGGAAUAACGAGCAAAGGGGCUGUCCGAAGAGGGUCGUUUCCCAAUCCGGAUCGGCCCCCGCCGCCCCCUCCAACGUCGGCCUCCUCACCUCCCCCUCCCCAGCUCUUCGUCCAGCGCCAGCUCUAUAAUAGGCUCCGAUUUGGAGCAGCCCCGGGGCGGAGAGAGGAAGCGAGCAAAGAGGAGGAGGAGGCGGAGGAAGAGGCAGCCAAGGAGGGCGACACGGAGGCCGCGCCUUCCAGGAGCCGGGGCUUCUUCUCCGGGGGAGUUCGAGGCCCCCACGCGGCGGAGGGAGAGGAGAGGCCGCCGCCGGGAUGCUGCUCUCGGCCAGGCCUCGGCCUCCCGCCCGUCCCCAGGCCCAGGCCGCUCCAGACCGCCGGAUCCGCUGAGACUUGGGGAGCAGCCGCCAUCGCAGGCGUGGCUGUCCCGUGUUGGGCGUCCUGGGCCAUGCAGCACCCCUUGGACCUGGGCGCCGCCGCUGCCCACUACUUCCCCGCCCCCGCCCCAGACCCCUUCGCCGCCGCCGCCGACCCCCGGCCCCACCGCUACCGCAGCUUCAUGAUCGAGGAGAUCCUCACCGACCACGCCGCCGCCAAGGCCUCCUCCGCCCCCGUCGCCGCCGGAGAGCUGCUCAAGUUCGGGGUCAAGGCGCUGCUCUCGGCGCGGCCCUACCACAGCCCCCUCGCGGUCCUGAAAGCGGAGCAGGCGGCGGCGGUGUUCAAGUUCCCUCUGUCGGCGGCGCCGCUGGGCUGCUCGGGGCUGAGCGCGGGGGCGGCGGCGGCACUGCUGGCGGCGGGGGGCUCUAGCUCGGGCUUCCCCGGCGGGUCGGGCCCCCCGCACCUGCCCCUCGAGCUCCACCUCCGCGGGAAGCUGGAGCCCGGCGCCUGCGCCGAGGCCGGGGCCAAAGCCAAGAAGGGCCGCCGCAGCCGCACCGUCUUCACCGAGCUGCAGCUCAUGGGCCUCGAGAAGCGCUUCGAGAAGCAGAAGUACCUCUCCACGCCCGACAGGAUAGACCUGGCAGAAUCCCUGGGCCUGAGUCAACUGCAAGUAAAAACCUGGUACCAAAACAGACGAAUGAAGUGGAAGAAAAUAGUCUUGCAAGGCGGAGGGCUGGAGUCCCCCACGAAGCCCAAAGGGCGCCCCAAGAAGAACUCCAUCCCCACCAGCGAGCAGCUGACGGAGCAAGAGCGGACGAAGGAGCUGGAGCGACAACCCGAGAGCCUCGGCUCCCCCGGCCACGUCAGCCAGGAGGAAUAGCUUCAGCCCACGCGGCAGCGCCCACGGACUCGGGGGGCCUUUUACCCGCCUCCCCUGCGCCUGCGGACUUUUGGGGACUCCCUGCCGCGAGGAGAAAGGCCUCCUGGACCUUGUAGGCCGACUCGACCUCGCGUGGAUUGCCUCGGAGGACGCGGGACACGGACUCGAGGGCCGUGCAAGGCGGUCCUGUUCUUUCUUAUGCAGCUGCUGAGAACCCGAGGAGGAAGCGAGAGGAAUCAGAAGGGUGGCCGAAUGGUUAGUGGGCCGUUCUUCCCCGUCGGUUGUGUCCCAUUUCCUCUGGUCUUGAGCUGCCCCUCCGCAGAAAGGAGACGUGUCCCUGGGUGGGAGGUCAAGGCCUUUGGCACCCGUGGGCUUCCAUUGGUCUCCUUUGGCCUGGUGAGGCAGAGGAUCAGGCGGUGUGGAGGGGCCUCUUCCCUGAACCCGGAGAGCUCAUUUCCCACUCGGGGUUUAAUUAAUAUGAAGAUAACUGAAUAAAAAUAUUUUAUGAACAGUU